GGCAGUUCCAAGGAAGUUUCAUCUUGUUAACAGAUGACAUCCACAUUUGGCCAAACACCCAUCCAAAUCAAAGUAGGCUCAAUAAAAAAAUGUCGCAUUUUCAUCUGGUUCAAACAUGCGGGGGUGUCCUACAUCUGCUAAAGCCAUCCAAAUAUGACAAAUUGGCCCGAACCGUGCCGGGCUACUGAUGGUGUGUCCCGCACUUGUUGCUCAUUUGGUUUCGUCGCGAGGCCGCAACAGACGCUUUCAGACAACCGUUGCUUGCCGUUCCCAGUAUUCCCGUACGGUCUCAAAUAGGGACUAAUUAUCGAUGAUUAACGCUCAAAUUGAGGGAAAUUAAAUAACGUCGCUAUAGGCUAGUGGCACUUGCGGACUACAGACGAAGAAGUGCGUUUGUUUUAUGUGGUUACUAGUGGAUUACUAGUGGUGGCUAUUUUAUAUUCUAGGAUAGAAAAUGGAGUUUAUGCAGUAUAGACCAGAACAGAGUUUUGCAAAAACCACUAUCCAAGGUAAACGAAAGAAGCAAAACAAUGUUCGUAGCCAGGAUGAAGACGCUGGUACUGUCAGACAAAGAAGUCAAGCAAAUGCUAGGGAGAGGGACAGGACACACAGUGUGAACACAGCAUUUUCAACAUUGAGGACGCUAAUCCCUACUGAACCCAAGGACAGGAAGUUGAGCAAAAUCGAAACAUUGCGGUUGGCUUCUAGUUAUAUAAAUCAUUUAGGUGCACAACUUAUGGCAGGUCCUAUUGAUCAACCAUGUCUCAGACUUCAGAAACCAUCAUCCGAUGACGACAGUUCUCGUCCACACACUGUUUGCACGUUUUGCAUAGCCCGCAAAAAUAAUAGAAGCUUCCUGACUGAGGAGUAUGAAUGUUCCAGUUUUGAGGGACAGAUCUACUUAGCUCCAAUGACGGCGACUUUGAAUGUUAAUGAUUUUACUAAUAGUAGCCUCGAUAGCUCGAAUGAGCUAACAAGUAUGUUUUGUUAAUAUUUUUUUCGAUUCAUGAGUUUACUUUUAGAAACAGAUCACCCUGACUUAGUAUACAAGUUUUAAGGGUUUCAGAAAAUGUGAGUGUUCCAAAUUUUUGUUGUCCAUUAGAACGUAAGAUAUGUCUAAUAUUUAAGAAUCUUGUGAUCCUUUUUACGAAGGUACAUUAGAGUAAUGUGCAAUUUAAUUUCUAAGUGUACUUAAACAUCACCAAAGUUAAUGUAACCGACAAAAUGUUUUUAUAUACUUUUUUAUAAAUAAUCCGAC